UCCACCCCACGAGAGAAAUCUUCCUCAUGAACAAACCCAUCCUGAACUGCCAGGUGAUAGAUGCCAGCUCGGGUGAAGGAGGCCAGGCUGUUGCCAGCAUCCCAGUGAGGGUGUCGGCCAAAGCCCAGUACAGCAGGUACAGCAUUGAGCCUGCCUCACCCGUCAACUUUGGAGCCAUGGUCAAGGGCACCAAGAAGACCCAGACUGUCCUGCUGGAGAACAAAGGGGUGCUCAGCUUCAGCUUCCACAUCCGCCAAGCACCCGAGGAGGCAUUGGGAAGGAAAAGGUACGAGCAGCCCUGAGCACCCUUCCUGUCUGAGGAGGCACCAGCCCACGGCUGGUAUGUGGCAGGCAGCCAGGAGACCUGGGCUGUCGUCCAUUUGCAUGCCUGGCUUGGGGAGAGGGAGCAAAAAAGCACCUCAGUAUCCCCAUGUGUACUAUGAAGCUGGUGAUAGAGCUGCUCUGUCCAGCAAUGGGAGCUGCAGGCUGCUCUCUGGGAGGCAUCAGGAGCAGGAAGGCUUUCCCCUCUGAGCAGGAAGGCCAGCUUUGGCC